AUAUAGUAUCGUAUCAAGUUAGUUUUAGAGCUGUCAAUAUUAAAUUCACAAUGACGGAUAAUAAAAACGAUAAAGCUAAAGUUGAUUUGGGAUUAUUGGAGGAGGAUGAUGAGUUUGAAGAAUUCCCUGCAGAAGAUUGGACUGCAGUGGAUGAGGACAACGAAGAUAUUAGUGUUUGGGAAGAUAAUUGGGAUGAUGAUGAUGUAGAGGAUGAUUUCAAUCAGCAAUUAAGAGCACAAUUAGAAAAACAAAAGGCUCAAAAACAGGGGAAGGAAUCUUAAAUUAUAAACUAAAUGUUAUUAUUCGUAAGAAUAAAUAUAUAUUAGUUUUUUAA